AUGACGAAAAAUGUAACUGAAAAUGAAGAACCUGGAAUAGUGUAUAAGGUUGCAGGGUCAUUAGUUAUUGCCGAAAACAUGAGCGGCACAAGAAUGUACGAACUAGCAAAAGUAGGAUGGAAUAAGUUAGUAGGAGAAAUUAUAAGAUUGGAAGGUAAUUAUGCUUAUAUACAAGUAUAUGAAGAUACAUCUGGAUUAUCUGUAGGAGAUCCUGUAACUAAAACAGGAAAUGCUUUAUCUGUAGAAUUAGGCCCAGGAAUAUUAAAUAAUAUAUAUGAUGGUAUACAAAGGCCAUUAGAAAGAAUUGCAGAUGCAUGUGGUGAUGUUUAUAUAUUUAAAGGUAUAGAUAUGACUGCAUUAGAUCAUGAAAAACAAUGGGAUUUUUAUGCAAAUAAAGAAUUAAAACUUAAUGAUAUAGUUACUGGUGGAGAUAUAUUUGGAUAUGUCGAUGAAAAUAAACUAUUUAAAGAACAUAAAAUUAUGGCACCCCCAAAUGCUAAAGGGCGACUUACUUAUAUUGCACCAGAUGGUUCAUAUUCAUUAAAGGAUAAAAUAUUUGAAUUAGAAUAUCAGGGGAAAAAAUAUACAUAUGGUUUAUCACAUUUAUGGCCAGUUAGAGAUCCAAGACCAGUUUUAGAAAAAGUUACAGGAGAUACAUUAUUAUUAACAGGUCAGAGAGUUUUAGAUUCCUUAUUUCCAACAGUACAAGGAGGUACUUGUGCUAUUCCAGGGGCAUUUGGUUGUGGUAAAACAUGUGUAUCACAAGCUUUGUCAAAAUAUUCAAACAGUGAAGUUAUUAUAUAUGUUGGUUGUGGUGAGAGAGGUAAUGAAAUGGCAGAAAUUUUAUCUGAUUUCCCAGAAUUAACUACUAAAGUUGGGAAUGAAGACGUUGGUAUUAUGCAAAGAACUUGUUUAGUAGCUAAUACAUCUAAUAUGCCUGUCGCAGCUCGAGAAGCUAGUAUAUAUACGGGUAUAACAUUAUGUGAAUAUUUUCGUGAUAUGGGUUAUAAUGCAACUAUGAUGGCUGAUAGUACUAGUAGAUGGGCAGAAGCUUUAAGAGAAAUAUCAGGACGUUUAGCUGAAAUGCCAGCAGAUAGUGGUUAUCCUGCUUAUUUAGGUGCUCGAUUAGCAUCUUUUUAUGAACGUGCAGGUAAAGUUAAAUGCAUUGGAUCACCUUCACGUAGUGGUUCAAUUACUAUUGUUGGCGCUGUAUCACCACCAGGUGGUGAUUUCUCAGAUCCAGUAACAACUUCUACUAUGUCAAUUGUACAAGCCUUUUGGGGAUUGGAUAAAAAAUUAGCUCAAAGAAAACAUUUCCCUUCUGUUAAUUGGUCAACAUCAUUUUCAAAAUAUGUUAGACAAUUAGAACAAUAUUUUGACAAUUUCGACCCAGACUUUUUAUCUUUAAGAAAAAAAAUAAGUGAUAUAUUACAACAAGAAAGUGAUCUUAAUGAUAUUGUACAGCUAGUUGGAAAAGAUUCCUUAUCAGAAGAUCAAAAAGUUGUUAUGGAAGUUGCAAAAAUAAUCAGAGAAGAUUUCUUACAACAAAAUGCUUUUAGUGAUUAUGAUUACAUGUGCCCAUUACAAAAAACUGUAGGUAUGAUGAGAAUUAUAUGCCAUUUUUAUGUCCAAUGUUUAAGAACAUUACAAGAAUAUGAUUCAAGAGAAAGAAAGAUAGGAUGGGGCUCAAUUUAUAACACAUUACGACCUACCAUUAAUAAAAUUACCCACAUGAAAUUUGAAUCUCCCAAAAACUCAGAUGAGUAUUUUAAGAAAUACUUUAAAGCUUUGGAAGAAGAAAUAACAACUGGAUUAAGGAAUCUAGCUGAGAAAUAA